AUGAAGACAACUUCUUUCGCCGUCGCUCUUCUCGGCCUCUUCCCCGCCAUCAUGGCCCAGGCUCCCUCGCCUACUGAGUCUGUUGGUUGUGAACCCCAUGGUGAUCACUGGCACUGCGAGGCUGCUCGUACUGAUGCUGUCGCUGCUACUUCUGAGGCUGACCAUGACCAUGACCAUGAUCACUCUGCCGGUGCAACUGAGGCUCUUGCUCCUUCGCCUACUGAGUCUGUCGGCUGUGAGCCUCACGGUGACCACUGGCACUGCGAGGGCGCUCGAUCUACCCUUGCGACUGAGGCCAAGGUCACUGAGUCUGAGCAUGACCACGACCACGACGAUGCUACUGGAUCUGGUUCUCUUGCUCCCUCUCCUACUGAGUCCACCGGCUGUGAGCCCCAUGGCGACCACUGGCAUUGCGAGGCUGCCCGCACUGGCGUUGAGGCCAAGGCUACCGAGUCUGAGCACGAUCACAGCCACUCCGCUGGUGCUUCCGCUUCGCUCGCUCCCUCUCCCACUGAGUCCGUUGGCUGCGAGCCCCACGGCGACCACUGGCACUGCGAUGGUCCCGCUACCGCUGCUUCAGACAGCACUCCCACUUCCAGCGACUCAGCUGCUGUUACCGACAACGCUGCCAUCGGUCAGAUGAUCCCUCUGGCUGGCAUGGUCGCUGCCGCUGUUUUCGCUCUUUAA